UAAUAACUGCAUCUAAUUGUAGGAAUCGUGUGGAAUACUGAUUUGGCGGAGGCGCUUGAGUUACAGAACUUAAUGCUUAAUGCACUUCAGACUAUAUAUGGAGCUGAAGCUCGCAAAGAAAGUCGUGGGGCUCAUGCAAGAGAGGACUAUAAGGUCAGAAUUGAUGAAUAUGAUUUCUCUAAGCCACUGCAAGGACAGCAGAAGAAACCCGUAGAAGAACACUGGAGAAAGCACACACUCUCAUUUGUUGAUAAGAAUGGCAAGGUUACUUUAAAAUACAGACCUGUUAUUGACUCAACCCUGGAUGAACAAGACUGUGCAUCAGUCCCUCCUGCCAUCCGUUCCUACUAAAUUGCACCUCUGUCUUUGAUGAGAAACUGAUACAUCCAUUGUAGCAUUCUGACAGUACAGUGCAUACUCUGCUUUUUCCCAACUUGCACAAUACAUGCUCAUGCCUGACCAUUAAAGUUAAUUUUAUUUCUAAAACCAUAAUGCUAUAUUUCCUACAAACUAUUAUUAUUAUUAUUAUUAUUAUUAUUAUUAUUUUUUUUUUUUUUAUGAGGUUAUACUUACCUGCCUCGAUUCCUCCAUUGCUGCUGUUCUGACAGCUUCUGUUCUCUGCCAUGUACCAUAUGCUUUGGGUUUCUGUAAUGCAUCAAUCCCACAAGAACUGCCGGUCACUAGCCAAUGAAACCACGAUGUCGGCACCAAAUAGGUACGGAUGUAGGGAUAUAACAGCGCUGUCCAACAACCAGGUAGUGUGA